UACAGAAACGGUGUCAAGGUGAAUGAAUCAAUUAUUGAAAGCGAUUUUUGCAAUUGAACUAGGUAUAUUUUCAAUGAUUUCGUCGCGUUUUGUAAAUAUCCCCAAUAACUGCGCGCUUUAUAGUUUAUUAGGUAAAUAGCGUUUAAAACUUCUAGUUGAUUAUUACAUUUUUGAUUUGUUAUUAAGUAAAUCAAAACUAUGAAACAUAAUGUUUCACGACUAAGCCAAGAAAGAUUGGACUUAAAUUUAUAUUGAGUUAGCAUAAGGGCUGAGCAAAUAAUAUAAAAUCUGACUUAUUGUUUUGAUAAUAAAUGUGUAUCGUAAUGAUCAUAUCGGGCUUGUAUUCAUUUUUGAAAUGUUUGCAAAGAAUGAAAAUUCUAAUAAGCAGUUUUAUUAAGUGAAUCUUAUAUUUUUUACAAUUUUAAUUUCAUUUUUCAACAGAUAAUAAAUACAUUUAAUAAUUGUAUUAUAAAAUAUCUAAAACAUAUGUGCUAAGCUAUCAUGGUUUUAAACCCUACUCAUCUCGACACAUUGAAUAUGGCACCUUCAACAAUGAAUAAUAAGAAGAUUGGAUUCAGCAUCGCUUAUUUGGUAGGCAGAGAUAAAAUACAAAAAUCUCAAACUAAGAUGGCUCUGACCAACAGACGUUUCAGUUCGAAUGAUAAAUCGAAUGUCAGAUAUCAGCCGUAUGCUAAAAUUGUUACAAGUUCUCGAGACAUCGAUGAAAAUCGACUUGUUGACGGUCGCGAACCACAACGUCCAACGCCUAAAGGUUUUUCAGAUACCGAUGUUGAAAUGAAGCAAGCAGAAAGUCAGAAUGAGCGAAUUCGAGCAAGAAGUGAAACGAGAUCAAUUUCGCCAAUAUCACAGAAUCGCUAUUCAGUUUUAUACAAACAUGAUAAACAGGUACAAGAAAACUUGAGGAACAUCUCACACGAUGUGAGUGCAUUUACUCCUCAGGCGCGUUCCAUUUCACCCAGUUCAUAUCAAUUUUCAACAAAAUCGCCCAUUCAGGAUUGUGCUAAAAGUGAGGAAAAUCAUCCGGAUCGGUCUGCUUCUACUGAAUAUCCGUCAGCAAUCUCAGUCUCCCCACCAGUGCAAGAACGAAAAGCAUUAUCUGCUCCUAUUAUGUACCCAUGUCAUCCAUCUCACAAUAGUACAAGACCAGCAUUUGGUUUCCCAUACCAAGUAACGCCGUAUAGCAAUGAUCCUGCUGCAGCGGCUAUGAUGGAUCGCAUAGUUUUUCAAGCGGCUGCUGCGGCCGCAGCGGCCAACGGAUUAGGACGUGUGGGACCCAACCCAUAUAUGGCACCAACAAUUCCGACAACGUGCGUUCCUCAUAUGCCUCCUAUAUCGGCAGUAGGACAGCAACGCUUUAUUCCGAACCAUCAAGCACCGUGGUUACUGAAACAAGCCCCUGUUGUUGGAGCACCUCUUCAUCCCCUGCAAUACACAGAUGUUUUUCUGCGGAAUAGACUCGAUUUUAUGAUGGCAAAUCCAUUUCAACGAAAACCUAAAAGAAUACGUACUGCAUUUACCCCCGGACAACUUCUACAACUUGAACGAGAGUUUGAGAGGAAUCAUUAUGUUGUUGGAUCAGAAAGAAAACAACUGGCGAGAUCAUUGAAACUAUCUGAAACACAGGUCAAAGUUUGGUUUCAAAACCGUCGUACAAAGUUUAAAAGACAAAAGAUUGAAGAUAAAGCAGCCGGAAGAACAUCAAAAUCAGAACAAGACGAUGUAGAAGAACCGGACGAAAUUGAACUGAAUGAAGAGGAUGAAGCCGCCAUUGAUAAAGAAGAGGAAGAAUAUGUAAGAAUGCGCCAACAGCAAAGGCUACAUGAAACCGCAAUGAAUGGAAAUCAUAUCAUGUAUAUUAAACAAGAACGAAACGAGCAAUGAACAUAAACUUGUAAUAAAACUGAUGGAGCUAUUAUAGCGUUUGCAUAUUUAGAAAAGAGAAAAUACUAUAAUUUCAUUUUAUCAGAAAUCAUCCCAAUUGCUUGAGAAACUUCACGUUUUAUUUUAACUGAUAUUCGCUUGAACUAAUAUUGUUUGCAUAUUUUUGUCUUGCUAUUAGUUAUCAUUGUACCUUCACCUUCCUAUGUCUAUAUAUAUACCGGUUCUUGCGCCUGGUUUGAUAAAAAAAACUUCACUCAAAAUAAAUUUCUAUGCUAUUUUAAGAAGCAAAAUUAUAU